UAUUUGUGAAAAAAAAAACAGAAUUUUUCUAUUCUUGCAGAACCACACCACACACACACGCAGAACACGAGUUAGGAGAAGAAAAAAAGUGGAAUAAAGGACGAAGAAGAAAAAGAAGAAGAAGACACUUCUGUUGUGUAAUCAAUCAAGCUGCUGGGGAGGUGGCUGAACAAAACCCUAAUCUCAAUUUCCCCCGAAUAUGCCAUUUCUGAGCAGGAUUGUGAGACUUCUGCUGCCUGGGAUCAGGAUCUUGAUUAGAAGGUCGCUACUUUGGUUGCUGUAGAUGCAUAUCCGUGAAUAUAUUCCUUCUUGGAUCUUCCAGUUAUUUGGUUGCAUGGGAGGUUGUUUUGGGAGCUGUAAUAAACCACCACCGCUUAUAGUUGCAGUGGAUGAGCCUUCUAAAGGGUUAAGGAUUCAAGGUCGUUUAGUCAAGAAGCCGAGCGUAUCAGACGAUUUCUGGAGCACGAGCACCUGCGAUAUGGAUAACAACAGCACGAUGCAGUCACAGAGAAGCGUGUCUUCUAUUAGCUUCACUAACAACACUGCUACUUCUGCAAGUAGUAGUAGCAACCCCAAUGAAUUUGUAAACACCGGAUUGAACCUCUGGAACCAAACUAGACAACAAUGGCUUGCAAGUGGAUCUUCUCGAACAAAGGCCAAAGUUCGAGAACCUACAAUAAGCUGGAAUGCAACAUAUGAGAGCCUGUUGGGUGUGAACAAGCGGUUCUCACGUCCAAUACCUCUUCCUGAAAUGGUGGAUUUUCUGGUGGAUGUGUGGGAGCAAGAGGGCUUGUAUGAUUGAUUUUGUAACUCUUUCAAACUUACUUUCCUCUUUUUCUUUUUCUUAUGUGUGUGUAAUAUCUGAAUUGUGGCAUCUUUAGUCUUAUUGUGUACGUAUAAAUGAUUAAGGGUGUGAACUGAUUUUGAAGAAAAUCCUACCAAAAUCAAAUUAUUGCCGAGAAAGUAAAUUUAUCUUUCAAGUUGUA